AUGAAAUCAGAGCACAAGUGUGCCAUGCUACUGAUUGGUAGAGUGAUGAAGACGAACAGGAGUGAGGGUGAUGCUCGUAUAAAUGAUGGUGUGGAGGAAAAUGAGGGUGAAGGUGAGGAUGAUGAAGUUGGUGAAGUAGCAGGUGAGGGUGAUGGUGAUGGUGAGGCUGAUGGUGAUGGUGAUGGUGAGGAUGAUGGAGAGGGUGAUGAUGAUAUUGAGGAUAAAGGUGAGGGUGAUGAUGAGGAUGACGUAGCAGAUAUGGAGGGAAAUGAUGCUGAUGAUGAAGGGCAUGUACCACCUAGAAGGAAAAGAAAGCCCUCAUAA